UCCGCCCACCUAGGGACACGAACGACUGUUAGCGGCCGUGAAUGUGUCUGUAAACGUGGCCUCAUAUUCAAUGCCGGCAGCACUGAGUGCUUCCCGAGGAAGGUCCUGUCUGUCAAUCACUCGCCGAAACAAAGCGUUUUGUGGUUUAAGCUCAAGAGCGAAGGUUGUGCAAAUAUGCCAGAUGAAAGGAAGACCACCGCCAUGAUAUUGAGCCUUCCUGUCAACGCCAGGGUACGACACCUUGCCAGACUACUGAGAUCAGUCGACGAAUCAACGAGGGUGUUAGAACUGGACGUCUCAAACUGCGUACAGGCCAAUCUCGAUCUACUCAUGAAGUACGUAGGUGUGCUGUCUCACCUGCGGUUAUUGCGUUGCCUCGCUUGCCCAAUACCAGCGUCUUACCUGCUGCCGCUGCUGCAGCAACGGCUCACCGAGCUCGAAGAGCUCGAUUUCUCGCUCAUAAUUCCCGACGAGUUUAUUGGAAGCGAGGUCGAGAAAUUGUCUGCGUCCUCCGGCGAACAGUCGUUACUCCUGGCGUCCAGCCUGCGCCGUGUGUACGUCGAAGUUAGCAGUGACGGGAAUAUACAGCUUCUCUGGUGGCUGCUUCACUUUUGCCCCUACGUGACCGAACUUCACGUGCACGUUUUGAGCGGACAAUUCCAGAAAAUAUUAUUUCACGUAAAUGGCAUUCUGCUCUCUAAUCGCCAGCUAGAGAAAUUCACGUUCACCUCCGACAUUCCGCCGACGGCUCAUCUGCCGCCACGUGAAAUGACCGACUUCCACGCACAAGCACUUGUUUGUGCCAAUGUCUGUUACUGGAACUUUCUCGAUUCUUGCUGUUGCGUCUGGCUUCGCGACAACACGCUCGACACCUCGGGCAAGGAGCUUUCGUCACAGCUUGUCGUCGUAUUCACUGAUGAAGCCGACGUACCAGCAGAAAGAAUCAGCGUGGCCGUUCAAGGACACGUCUGGACGGCUGUGCGCCAACUCUGUCUUGUUCUUCUUCCGCAGCAACCAUUCAGUUUUGAGCCCCACCCUAUGGCCGGAAUGUCGUACCUCAACGGCCUCCGCGAGUUCUUUCUCGUCCUGCAGUACCUCGUCGAGCUGAACGUCCACUCGUUUCACUUUGGCCCGGACGUCGACCUGAUGCAGCUACUCGGUGACGCAAACCUCAUGUUCUUGAAGGCGCUCUCAGUGGCACCUUGUGGGCUGCACCACUCCCGCGCAGUCUACCGGCUGGCACAGGCCUGUCGGGAGCUCGUCGAGCUGGAUGUUCGCGUGAUUCAGCGAGGUGCGCAUCUCGGAUGCACUGUAUGCCAGCUCCCACUCCACAUCGAGCCCGAUGACGUGGCCGAGCUUCACGACGACUUUCCGAGGUCUCGUUGCAGGUUCAGCCGACUGACGCUCAGUGCAGUGCCCAACCUGGCGUCCCUACGUUUCCUAAUGAGCUGCAAGGUUGAGGAACUACGCCUCGUCGACUGUCGGCUUCCAUCGUUCUCGGACUUUGUACACAUUGGAGGCGUACUGUGGAGCAACGCCAACCUGCGCUACCUUGUGCUCCGGGACAGCGUAUUGCCUUUCGGCACGACAGGACUGAUAGACAACUUAACCCGCGUCACGCGGCUCGAGUACUUGUGCCUGCUCACGGAUGCUCUCGUAUCACAUGACAACGCAACCGAACACGCUAAACAACUGGGCACGAGGCUGCGAAGGCUCAGCUACCUGCACGUCCACUACCGGCACUGCGUGGACGGCUCCCAGCAGAAGGUCUCGUGGAUACGCCCAGCGGGGAAGCCAAAUGGCGGCCACGUGGUUGUGAACGCACCUUGCCUCCUCUGCUCCACUGCCACCUUCAUAGGGCUCAACAAGCCACGAAGCCGGCGUUGAGUGUGCGCGCUGCAUCGCCGACAUGAGUGUUUUGGUCCAACUAUGCGUAAAGCUUUCGGAUCUCUUAUGCAACCACUCCAACCAACAGGGUACCAUCGUACCCUCAGCGGGGAAGAAUGAGCAGAGGCGUAAGCGACGUCAUCUGCGUUAAAGCUGUGCCUAGAGACCAACCUUCUCAGCCUCUCACCCACCCAUCUCGGUGACUGCCUUUAUUCUUAUCCCUUUCUGGCGUGAAGACACAGGUGGCAGUAAAGACUCUGAACCAAGUUUUCUUGGUUCAGAGUUUCUGCUAAGACUACGAAAAAAACAUUUUAAGUCCGCUGGUGGUCAAACAAAUACCAAUGAUGAUCUUAUCUAUCAUCCAUCUUAUCUAUCAAACUUCGAUUACGUAAUCCCUCAAAUGUUUUUAUAUUGGCUCUCAUUAUCUGAAUCGUGUGCUUUCAGGAUUAUUCUGUAAUAACCAACGAAGAAGAAACAUCGUGUGGAGCUCCAACAUUUAAAUACCCAAAACAAAAGACCUAUUUCCGCAAGAAUUAAGUUGUUCGAAAUAUGGCGCACCGAAUAACGUCGACAUUUUAAUAUUCAUGACUGUUGAAUGAGACGAAUUCAUAAGCGAAGACUUCGCACCGCACGCGGGCACAGUCUAUUUACAAGACCCAAUUUAUCCAAGCAACUAAGCCGAGGCCUGUUCGUGUGUGUGGCUCAACUUGGCUAUUUCUUUUUGAAGCAUAUUUGCACAUGCUCCUAGAAGUAUAUUCAACAGUUUUUUUUUCUCGCUCAACACUAGCCGCAAAGGCUGGAAGUUUUCCGCAAGGUGAGCACGUGCACUAAGCCUUUGUGAAGCUGUGUGUUUUACUCGGGAGUUUUUUUUUUUUUUACUUUCAGGAGGCUUGAACAAGAUAACGUUGCGCAACGCAGAAAUACCUUGACAAUCAGGUAGCUCAUAUUGGCGUCAUCCACAAAUGAAAACGCCGGAGUUCAAACUUGUCUAGAGUUAAAAGUGAACGCUAUAGAGGCUGCUCUUUUUUCCAUCUUGACCUUCAAUGUGGCAGCCACAUUGCUUCCAUGUCAGACGCUUUCGCGUGGUUGUUUUAUCUUUUUUUAGUAGCAGGCGGUGGGGCCUGGUGUGUCUAUCCUAGUACACAAUAAAAUUCUGCUUUUAGGCAUUAGGCUUUGUAUCACCGAAGAAAGAUAAUGCAAUAAACAUUUCGAGAAAACUG